AUGAAUCAACAUCAGCAGCAGCCGCACAUGAGCCCUGCGGCCCGGCCGCCCCAGACGCAUCAUCAGGACGAGCUCGAUGCCGAGCCACUCGAUCUCCGCGUCGAUCACAAGAAAGAGCGUCUCCGGGACGAGAAUCAGAACGAGAUCGAGGUGCUGAAUCAGAACAGCUUGGGUGGCGGUCUGCCUUAUCAUACGGUGCUUUUUCCUCAGCAUCACGCGGUGCAUCCGCUGGUCCUGGAGAUGUACAGACCGCAUCAUCACGCCUCGUCCGUGCCCGAUUUGCCGAAGAUUCAGGUCAGGGCGUUACCCACGAUGGUGCCGUUACCCUCCAGCAGAUUCUCCUCGACGACCUCGUCGUCCACGUCCUCGUCCUCUUCGUCGCAGCCAACUGCGAGAGCCACAAGUCCGGCGGGCAGUUCGCAGUCCCAGCAUCAGCAACCGAAUCAUCCCUCGCAACAACAGCAACAUCCGCAGCAACAAGGCACGAGUCUGUCGCCGUAUUCGAUCAGCGUUCAAGGUAACGCUCAAGAUGUGUUCAAGAUCAAGGCUAAGGACAAGUACUCCUGCAAGUUCUGCGGGAAGGUCUUCCCCAGGUCGGCGAAUCUGACGCGCCAUUUAAGGACGCACACCGGCGAGCAGCCGUACAAGUGCAAAUAUUGCGAGAGAAGCUUCAGCAUUUCGAGCAACCUUCAACGUCACGUCAGAAACAUUCACAACAAGGAGAAGCCCUUCAAGUGUCCGCUAUGCGAGAGAUGUUUCGGCCAGCAGACCAAUCUGGACCGACAUCUGAAGAAGCACGACGCCGACGGGCCGACGAUACUUGACGAGGUCAGAUCCAGGUAUCCCGGUCAACUCCCGAGAACCGAAGAUUCCUACUUUCUCACCGAGGAGAUUCGCAGCUUCAUGGGCAAGAUCACGUCUCAGCGGCAGAGCAUACCGUACUUCCCGGGUUUGCUGGGCCACGGCGCCGAUGACUACAGGAGCGACAAGCAGCAGCUCCAGUUGGAGGAGAAACGCGACUCGUCGUACUUCAGCGACCGGGACAACCUCAGCUCGAGGUCGAGCAGCACCACCAGCAGACCCGAGAGCGUUCAGGAGGAGCAAAGGGAAGCCAACUCGCCACCGGUCUCUCCCGGCAACAACACCUGAGUUCCGGAACGAUGGGUAAAUCAGCUGCGGUAUCAGCUGCCGACUAUAGUUUACAGUCUCAAAAAAGUAAAACAGAUUCGAUUUGUUAUUAAAGCGCGAGAAAAGAGAUUUUGAUUAACUUUAAUUUUUAAUCAACAGAAAUGACUGAGAACGAAAGAAUUUUGAAAAAAUUAUUCUUUGUUUAAUUGAUCGGAAUUAAAGCAACAAUUUUUGAGAAAUUUCUUUCAACUCUGUACGAGAGAGAUUCCAUGACUCGUUACAUUAUUUUUUUUUGUUUGUUUAUUUAUAGUGAUGUUAGAUUUGACACGCGCGCGCGGGCGUGAAACUAUUAUAGCGUGCCUGAAAUAAAUUAUCAUUCGUCAUAAAACUUCUUAGACUAGAAAACGAGUAAUCAAUAAGAGAGGAAAAAACAACGAGAAGGUAAGUCGUUUCUCGAGAAAACAACGAAGAAUCUUUUGCUCAAGAUGGCGAGCGAAAUAAUCGAAUCGGUUUUUUUACAAUAGAGAUUUAUAGUAUAAUAUUACAAUAGACUACGUUUAUGUUCGAAUUUGUUCCUCGAUCGUUAUGACCGAGCACUUAAUCGAUAGCUGUACAGAGUUCUGAUCUGAUACGAAAUGAAACACAUUGAAAAUUAGAACGUGGUGCCUUCCAGAAAAAACAUGUGCCUAACUCCUAGGACGCGUAUCGUCCUUUGGUCCUGAAGAAUCCGAUCCGAAUAUCGGAUCGAUAUAUAAAAAAAAAGCCUUAAUAUAAUAUCUAAGCUAAAUAAAAUAAUUACCUUGUACGUUACAAAUAUCAGAGAUAAUUUUAGUUGUAAAACGCGUGCUUUUUUUGUUAAGUGAGCCGGAAAGUCAUAGAAACGAAGACAGUGUGUGUGCGCGUGUCUCGAUCGCCGCAAUUAUUCCACCAAAAUUCGGAAGUAAAAAUAAGAAGGAAAGUUCGCUGUACAAGACUUUCAAAUUGAAGAGAAAAUAUGAAUGAGAUACGUUUCUACCGUUUUUUUUAUAAAAUUCAACGUUUAAUUUUUAUGA